GCCUUUUUACCUUGGUAUUAACCCAGGUGAUGAAUCCAUGUUGUCACACUUUUUGAGAGUUCUAUUGGCACUGUGCGCCAUGGCGGAGCGCAGCUUCUUCGAGAGUGGUGCGUUCACCCGAGGCCGAGGUCGACUUGCUUUGGAGGAGGUGAGUUCUGAUGAUAUCACUGUGAAUGAGGUCAUGGCUGCUUUGCAGGAGCUUGGCAUAGCCAAUGGGACCGGAAGUGCGCUCGACCCUGAUCCGAAUCCAAAGGCUGCGACAGCCAGCAAGGGUUCUGACAGUGUGGAGAGUGAAGUGAGCAAAGAUGUCGUUGAUAUUCUGAAGGAAGCGAACACUGAAUCCACUGAAGCGCCAAGCAAAGAGACUUCCGAGAACAACAAUGCAGAGCCUGGUGACGCUGAUGCCUCCGAGACAGCUCCAGAGACAUCCGGGGACAACAAUGCAGAGCCUGGUGACGCUGAUGCCCCUACGACAGCUCCAGAGACAUCCGGGGACAACAAUGCAGAGCCUGGUGACGCUGAUGCCCCUACGACAGACAACAAUGCAGAGCCUGGUGACGCUGAUGCCCCUACGACAGCUCCAGAGACAUCCGGGGACAACAAUGCAGAGCCUGGUGACGCUGAUGCCCCUACGACAGCAGACAACUCUGAGUCUGAGGAGAGUGGAGAGAAAAAUGUGCACCCGCACUCAGAGGCAUCUGCUGAACGUGGUGUGGAGCACUUAGGGUAUCAACGCUUCCGAGCCAAACAGCACAAGGACGUGGAGGAUGUCUCCAAGUUCCCAGCCAUGGUCAACGCACUGGAAGAGCGAGCAAAAAAGGUGAUUAUGAAGAGUAAGAGGUGGAAGGCUUUGCUCGAGAAGAUCAAUCAAGGCCACAAAAACUUCACCCAGUUGCUCAAACUGUUCCGGCUGGCGGUGAAGCGAAACCACAUGGCCAAGGUGGAUGAGGUGGCCACGGUGCUAAAGAGCAAGGGUAACGCCAGCAAGGCAUUCCCUGGAAGUUUGCAGGGCAUCAUCACCCUGCACCAGGAAGCAGACGUCAAUGUGUCAAUACCUACAGGACACGACGUUCAAGGCCAAGGUGGGCAAGAUCGUGAGGAAGAUGAUAAGCACGCAGAGGAGCUCACAAAGGAAGAGAAACAGCUAUUCAAACAGCUAUUCAAGGACAACCAAUCCAAGGCGAAGACCGAGACGAACCCCAUUGAAAGCAGCACCACGGGCACCGAUGAGGAUGACGCUGACGACGAUGAGCCGACCGACAACGCUGAAGUGGAUCCGAAACCAGGCGACGAGAGCGGCGCGGCCGAGACCCAGGACGAGCCUGAGCCCAGUGAGGAAAAGAAGAACCAGACGAAUGCAACUGUAGCGUCGGCUAACUCCAGCGACCAGGAAAAGAAGAACCAGACGAAUGCAACUGUAGCGUUGGCUAACUCCAGCGACCAGGAAAAGAAGAACCAGACGAAUGCAACUGUAGCGUCGGCUAACUCCAGCGACCAGGAAAAGAAGAACCAGACAAAUGCAACUGUAGCGUCGGCUAACUCCAGCGACCAGGAAAAGAAGAACCAGACGAAUGCAACUGUAGCGUUGGCUAACUCCAGCGACCAGGAAAAGAAGAACCAGACGAAUGCAACUGCAGCGUCGGACCAGGAGAAGACCGGGCCUCCCGACUGUAAGAAUCGAAAGGAAGAAGAGAAAGGCUCUCCAACUUGGUGUGCCUGCAACUCCAAAGCUGAGCUAAUCAGCAGCAAAGAGGGCUGCGAGGCGACUGGAGGUGGUCGAGAUCAAGAAUGUGAAUGGUCUGAAAAGGAAGUCUGUGUGCCAAAGGCGUCCUGAGUUGCCGGCUGUGGAACGAAA